AUGUGCAACAAUGAGCACAAUUGUUUUAAGCAUGAACGCGACCUCUGGCCAGCAUGGGUCAUUUUAAUUAGGAACAUGGAUUCUAAUAAGCUACAACUCCAAAAAUUAACACAUUGUAUUGACUACAUAGCACUGUCACAUUGCUCAGGUACACCAACUACUGAAGAGAAGGAACAGUUCUACACUACUCGGAAGAACCAUGAUGGCCGGUUAAAAGAGUUCAGCUAUGACCUCCUCCCCAUUGUAUUCCAAGACGCAGUUAUCGUGACUCGAGAACUCAUGGUGAAAUUCACUUUCAGAAUAGCUAAACAUAUAGUGAAGGCUUUAGCUGCUCUUAUGGAAGAAACCUAA